UACAAACCUUUCCCACCUGAUCAACCACCAGCUGAUUUUGUACGAAAAUUAGUAGUUGCUGAAGGAGGAAAAGUUUCGCUUUCGGCUGUUACGACUCACUUGAAUUGGAAUUCAGGAUUUCCGGAAUUUAAAAUUGUAGAUUUACUCAAGAAUAGUGCAGAAUUUAUGUUGGAGAAUAAGGAUGAAAAUGUUUAUGUCACUUUGAAUCCUCAAAAAUCCAAAACAAUCGCUGUAAAUAAUAAAUCAAUUGAUGAGGCAACAUCAAGAAAAUUCGCAGAAUUAUAUGCAAAUAAAAGUGAGAAGAGUACUCAAGUAAUAGAACCUGCAAAGACUAUUGAUACGACAAUUGCUGCUAUUGCUAAUGGUGGAAUUAAAGAAAAAACUGAAUCUAAUGGAUCUGGAGAAUCAAUAAAAUUUAUUGAUGAAAGAUCAAACUUAGAUAAAAGAAAUGCUGACACAUCUUUAGGAUUUAAUCUUGGACCAAAAUCGGAAACACAAAAAGUAACAAGGGAAAGUGUCAAAUCACAGCCCGCUGCUAUUGAAGCAUGUGUAUUGCAAUCUAAAGUGACUGUACCACUACCACGUUCCCCCGCUGUGCCUACUACUGGUACUACCAUCUCGAACCACCAUGUUGAACAACGUGUUGAUACGAACCUUAUUUACAAUAAUGGGAUAUCACCACUGUCUCAAGAAUUUCAAAAUACCUCGACUAUCCCAUCGAAAACUGAAUUACCUCCUCCGCCUACAAAAUAUUCGAAACCGACGGCUCAAUCAAACACACUGAUAGAUUUCGACGAUCUCACAUCCAGUUUCUCGAAGAACGUGCCAAUCUCAGAUAAACAUAUACUACCAAAUAUAUUACCAAAAAAUAAUUUAACAGCAUCAGAAAAAACAUUUCUCGAGUAUUGUCGAGAAUCAGCCGAAUCCUCUUUUUCCUUUGAUAAACAAAUUGACAAAUCUCAAGAAUCAAAGACAAACUUAGAGCCUAACUUCUCAAUUCAUAAUCUAUCGGAUAAACACUAUCAAAUUUAUCUCAAUUUUGAUAUCCCAUUUUCGAGCGUGAUAACUGGGGCGCCUAAUUCGGGCGUAGACUUAAUGUUGCAAAAUAUUCUCGAGGGCGGCCUUAUACAAAACCCCUGUCUGGGGGGAUUAAAUAAUCCUUUAUCCGCCUUGAUUUUUCGAUUUGAUAGUACCUCCGAUACUCAACCAUCUUAUAGAGCUUUACUUGGCACAUCACAACAAAGUAAAGUUAUUGUAUUGCUAUCACCAUCAAACUAUCGAAAAAUGAGUAGCCACUAUAAAAACAUUGAGAAUUGUGAAGUGAGACCUUUAUUUUUCUCGGAAAAUGAACUAUGCAUCAAUAGUAUCAAGGCAUGGCUUACAAUAAAAGGAGAUGCACAAAUCUACGAUCAAUGCGUCGAAUUAAUUGACGACAUCCUAUACGACUUGGGAGAUUACUUUGAUUACAGCACAUUUCGUAAUCUUCUUUUACGAAGAACCACAUCUUCCUCUCUCCUCCUCAAAGUCAAAGAAUUUUUUACGUCACGUCUGAACCGUUUAGACUCUCUUAUUAUUGAAAAACUGAUGCAGUCCAUAAAACAAAAAGGAUUCUGGAAUGUUGAUUCAGAUGAUGUGAUGCCCUUGGAAGCACUAUUCCAGCCGGGUGUGGCAGUCAUUGCCGAUUUGAGUGAUGAUGUGUUGAAUAAAGAAAUGAUAUCAAUCCUUUUUGACAUCAUCCUCAAAAUUUAUAUCCGAUCGAAUAAUCCCGAAUGUGUUAAUGGUGGAAAACUUGUGGUCUUGGAUGAAGCUCACAAGUUUUUCACAUCAGAUUCGCAACUUGCGGAAACCUUGCAACGUCUUCAGUCUCAUCUCUAUCAGCAUAAUGCGAGACUCGUGAUAACCACGCACGAUCCUACUCUAUUACCCCCACCUAUUCUUUAUAAUUCCGAUUUUCACGUCCUACACUACUUUUUGUCACCAGCCUGGUCAAAUUUUUUGACGGAACACGUUGCUUUCGAAUAUUAUAAUACAUCUCAAUUAUUGCAACGAGUGAUGCAACUAAAGCGUGGACAGCAGGCUUUCCU